UCCGCAAGUUCCGUGUGUGUUGCGGAAAAAUCCCUUUUUGGGCGUCCGACCACAUGUGUGAAUUGUGAACAAAAUAUGGUUCUAUUGUGAUUUGUCGUUUUUAUACGUGUUUUUCACCACAAACAGCACUUUCUAUCGAUAGAUACCAUUCGUGCGCUUUAUUCAGUAUUGAAAAAAACCUAGAAUCGGCCGACGGAAGUGAAUUUUUUUGAUGUAAAUACGGUCCGGCCAGGGUCAGUGUGGUGUGCUACCAAUUUCGAUCAAAUUAGUUCGUAAACCCGUGCUUUUGUGUUCUGUUUGUGAUUUUGGCUUACGCGCUGAACGCACAAAACGCUAAACGUGUCCAAAUUCGCAUCAAAAUUGUUGGGUUAACCCCCAACAUGGCCUGUUGAAGCAUGGAUGCGCGCUCGUGAUCGCUUCACGGCGCGGAGCGCGCGCCCGGACUUAUAAAGAGACAGCGGCGGCGUUAUGGCUGCGCGCGUGUCUGCUGAGGGCGCAGGACCCUCUUACGCGUCCGUGCUCAACUUCAAAGGAGGCGAAAGUAAUAAAGAAAACAUUGAGGCCCACGCAGAGGAGGCGUUAGACGCGCCUCCCAGGCCAGAUAUUGAAGAGGAGGAGGGCUUCGUACCGGUCAUCUCUCAUGGACGGCGUCCUGGUAAAAACCGGAGGGACAGGGAACGGAAAGCACCCCCGAGAGCUCAUAAAACACCACAACAGCAUGCUGACCCUCAGCCCACAGCGGAGCAACAGCAACAAGCUGCAGAACAACAGCCGAAGAAGUUUGUUGAAGCGCCUAUUCCAAAAGUAAAUCCGUGGCAGGUCCGCGGAGGUAGCACCGGAGUGCCACCGCCAGCGCCACCAGCCUUGGAACAAGAGAAGAGGUCGCCGUUGCAGCCGCAGCAGCAGGGGAGGGUACAGACUGAACACACUCCAGCACCGGCCGUGAUACCGAAAGCUCCGGCCGUAAUAAAAGCUCCGAAGAACGCAAAGAUAAAUCAGAAGGCGUCAGACUUCACGGAUAUCGGCGACUGGCCGACACUCGGGGCAGCUGUGGCAGCCUCGAGAUGUCACUCGACCCCGCCCCACGACACAGACUCCACGCAUCAUAAUGGCACAUUGGAACAAGAACGGAAGCCCCUCGAGGAGCACCAUCAGCAUCCCCAGAACCAGGCGAAGGUCGACAAGCCGGAGCCGCUUCAGAACCAUCACGGUUCGAAUGACAAACAUCAAGACAAAAAGAACUCGGGGGCUGGUAAAGGCGGCAACAAAUCCGGCAAGCACAAGUGGGUGCCUCUGGACAUCGAAGUGAAGGGCCCCAGGCAGAACAAGCACGGUCCCCCGCACGGUGCGAGGCCUGAGAACGACACGGUUUCCCUGAACGGCGAGGAGCGUCCCCGCGGGGCACGCUCGGUGCGCGGCGGGGGUCGAGGUCGCGGCGCCCGGCGCCCCGGCCCGCGCCCCGUGUCCGCGCUGUCCGCGCUCGCCGCCCCGCCGCACGCCGUGUUCCACCACCCUCACGACUUCGGCCACCAUCCGGAACUGUCACAGGGUCUAGUGAUGCAGUACCCCGGCUUGGCGCUGGGAGGUCUCGGAGCCGGUCUCGCCCAGGCUUAUUACUACGGGGCGGCCGCCGCGACAGCUGCGCCAUACGGACUAGGUCUGGACCAAGUAACGUUGAAGGAUUUGAUCAAGAAACAAAUCGAAUACUACUUCAGUCCGGAUAACCUGGCCCGCGACUUCUUCCUGAGACGGAAGAUGUCCCCGGACGGCACCAUACCGGUGACGCUGAUCGCCUCGUUCCACCGCGUCCGGGCGCUCACCUCAGACGUGCAGCUGGUCCUCGACGCGAUCCGGGACUCGGAGCGGUUGGAGCUCAUCAGCGGCUUCAAGGUGCGGACCGUGUUCGAGCCGACCAAGUGGCCGAUACUGGACGUGGCGACGAGCUCCGACGAGGGCGAGAGGCCGGAGAGACCGAAGCCGGCCGAGCCCGAGAAGGCCGGGGCGGAGAAGACGAAUCCCGAAAACAACGAAAAGGAACAGGUCAAGACAAACGCCGAUGAUGUCGUUCAAGUUAAGGAGGACAUUGUCGAGGCUCCCAGUAUAGAGCGGAAAGAUGAGAAGGUUGAACCCGAGACGAUAAAAGAACAGCCGAAUGAUGUGAACAACUCUGACGUGGUCGUGGACACUGCGAAGAUCGAAGUGCCUGAACACGUGGAAGAUGUAAAGGUGGAAGAUGACAAGGAAGUGCAGACCCCUCCGCCGCAGGAGCAGAAGGCGGACAGCGCUCCUGAGGCUCAGGAAGACAAGAAGCUGGAUUCCAGUGACGAUCCCCCGCUGCAGACCGAGGGGACCGAGGAGAGGCCGGGCGAAAAACGUCGCAAGAAGCAGAUGGUGGGCAUCUUCCCGCUGGCGACCAUGGGCGGGCCGCUGGUGGCGCCCGUGUCCGGCCUGCUGCGAGCCGUGCCGCCCCCGCCCCUGCCGCGGAUGUUCCGCACGAGCAGGCCCGGCCCGACGCCGCCACACGACUCGCUCGAUCCGAACGUGCCCGAGUUCGUGCCGCAGGCGAGGCGACAAGAGGACAACGGCAGCGAGCCGGGGGAGCAGCCGGGGGGCCGCCCGCGCUCCGCCGCGCACAGCCCGCAGGCCGAGGGCGGCGCCGCCGACUGGACCGAGGUGAAACGUCGAACGAAAGCCGGCUCCCGCGAGCGCUCCGCCGCCGGGGGGCCCGCGCCCGAGGGCGAAGUCCCCGACGAGGAGCCUCGCGAGGAGCUCCACUUCCAGUUGGACGAGGAACUCGACUUACCUCCACCGAGACACAACACCUUCACCGAUGCUUGGUCCGACGAGGAGUCGGACGCGGAGUUCACGGACGGCGAUGUGGGGCGACUGCUGAUCGUGACGCAGACGACGCGCGCCGCCAAGCACGACGGACACGACCGCCAGGGGGACUGGACCAGCCGCACCAAGAUCACGCAGGACCUCGAGCAGGUCAUCACUGACGGACUCCGUCGUUACGAAGAGGACCUGUGGAACGACACAGAAUAUACUUCAUCGUACGGUAGCGGCCGUGAGUACCGCACUGUGAGCCUGAUCAGCCGUGAGCAGUUCGAGGCAGCCGUGCCAAACGAGCGGCAUAGGAACCCCGCCCGCCCCCCGCCGCCCCCCGCGCACCCCCACCACCAGGUGGAUCAACAGCAGCCGGCCGGCGGCGGCAAGGCGUCCCGUCCCCGGCGAACCGCGCGCUUCUACGCGGCCAGCAAGGACCCACACGCUACCGAUGUCAUCUGCAGCAGGAAGCACAAGACUAGAUACAGCCUCAACCCGCCGGUGGAGCACCACGUCGGCUGGAUCAUGGACGUGCGCGAACACCGACCCAGGACCCAAAGCACCGGGUCGUCGCUGGGCGCGUCGCCGACGCUGGGCUCGUCGUGCGGCUCCAUGCCGCAGUCCCUGCCGACCUUCCACCACCCCAGCCACGGUCUGCUGCGGGAGAACCACUUCACGCAACAGGCUUACCACAAGUACCACUCGCGCUGUCUCAAAGAACGAAAGAAGCUCGGCAUCGGGCAGUCGCAGGAGAUGAACACGCUCUUCCGUUUCUGGUCCUUCUUCCUGAGGGACCACUUCAACAGGACCAUGUACAACGAGUUCAGGUCGUUGGCCAUCGAGGACGCGCAGGCCGGCUUCCGCUACGGGCUCGAGUGCCUGUUCCGCUUCUACUCGUACGGGCUUGAGAGGAAGUUCCGGCCGGAGCUCUACCAGCACUUCCAGACGGAGACGAUGGCGGACUACGAGAAAGGUCAGCUGUACGGUUUGGAAAAGUUCUGGGCGUUUUUGAAGUACUACAAGCACGCGAGCGCUUUGCAAGUCGAGCCUAAGCUCCAGGGAUACUUGUCGAAGUUCAAAAGCAUUGAAGACUUUCGCGUGCUCGAGCCCCAACUGAACGAGCUGCUGUCGUCGCAGGGAGGGGCGGCGGCCGGGCGCGGGCCCCACGCGCGCCCCUACGACCGCCACCGCUCGGUCUCCGAGAGCGAGAGGACCAGGAACGCCACGCGCGGCGCGGCGUGCGGGGGCGGGGCGGCGUGCGGCGCGGCGGCGUGCAGCGCCAGCAAGUCGCGAGGCCGCGCUGGUUCGUGCGGCGCCUCCGCUGGCAGGACGCGUGCGAAUCAAAAGCAAAAACCGGAGACCGCCGUCCCGACCGAGGUCAAGUCUAUAGCAGCUAAAACACAGUAAAACGUACAGACGCGAGAAGAACAUGCACGAAGUACCAGCAUUGUGUGUAUAUAUAUACAUAGAUAUAUAUAGACGUUAACAACAACAACACGAGAAAGUGUGUGUGCUACUUAAUAAUAAUGACGUGUAGUUUUUAAAAGCAUUUCUUUUUUUCUUUUUAUAAAUAACGAAAAUUACAAAAAAUUGUUAUAAUAGUGUUUUCCGGGUCGAUAGUGUUGUGGAUAUUAUUAGUGCCGGUAGUUCGCCCGGUUCGGUCCGGAAAUUCAAUUUUUGUUUCGCGUUGUCGACGACAACGAUCGUAGCCGGAUAUUGUGCGCUGAACGCUGCUUGGAGCUCAGCUUUUAGCUAAGACAAUAAGCAAUGCUGAGCAGUGGCGUGUACAACAAAUACCUUAUUAUAAUACAGAGGGAUAUAAAAUAGCUUUCGUCUAGUAUAUAAUAAGUAUGUAAAGGCGGAAUGUGCUAGGUGAAUCUUUAAGAUCCACCAAUGGAAGUUUUUCAGUUGAAUAUAAAUUGCAUUAAUCACACUAAUGUUCUGAUACUGACGGGUCUGUACUGAACCGCUGCUAUAAUUCUCACUCAAUCUGUAAUGAAUGUGUACCUCUUCUAUUAAAUUAUCUAUUGAAAUGUAUCCCAGAUUUUUAUAUUAUACCUAUUCAUUUCCCUAUGGUUCCUUGUAUAUUUCUUAAAGAUUCAAUUCAUUUUAAGCACAUUCCGUACGUUGUAUGUAUAUGAAAAAGUGUUAAUUCUGAAGACGCUUGUAUGUAUCGAUUCCAGUUGAAGCUUUCAAAGGAAAGUCGUUCCUUAUGGUUCUCUUAAGACGUGACAAAUAAUGGAGAUUUAAUUUUGAGAGUUUCAAUUGGAACUAAUUAGUUUGUUUUUUUUUUUCUAAUGAGAUAAUCUUAGUAAUAGUGACCUUUCGUAUAUGUGUAUGUAUUGAAAUGUUAUAUCUAAAAAUAUAUUCUUGACAUGUAAAAAAUAUUAAACAAAAAUUGAUUAGUUUGGUUUCGGUUCCUUCAAAUGGCAUGUGAUUCUGAAUAGCGAUUCGGCACGUAUUCUUCUGCCUCAAGGGACGCACAGUCGUUCCGUGUUUGGCGUACGGAGACAGACUCAAAACGAUGAGCUUACCAUCUAUAGAGACGUCUCCUUGAUUACACAGGGUAAAUUAUGAAAUCACAUGAAAUCUGAACAUGUUGGAGACCAAAUUUUUUAAUGUUUCAUUUUUCAAGCAUCGGCAACAUUGUUUGAUUAUUUUUCAACCAUAGCAACACUAAUAAUCUGGUGCUUUAUUUUGAAGAUUUUUCAUAAUAUUAUAUUAUAUUGUAUCUCUGUAGUGAUAUAUCGAUUCGUUUUGUAAAUAAACGUGUAUUAAUUAAUCUAAUUAAAUAAUCCGUGUCUAAUUCCACAUAUAUAUAAAAAAAAAUGUUUCAUGAACACGUAAAAUUGAUGUCUCUGCAACCCUAAAGCGAAGAUACAAAUUACGGAUACACAUUUUAAUUUUUCAAUUUUUAUGGCAACGGUACAUUUGAUUUUUCUCAAUAUUGAUGAAGUAGGCUCUUGGGCUACCAGUAUAUCCAGUUUUUACUUGGUGGCUCUUACGUAAUGAAAUAUCCAUUGUUUACAUAAAUAAAAUCAGACCCUCGUGUUUUUUUAAUAACUGUUCGCUAUGACGUCAUAAAUACGUUUUGAGGUUGCAGGGAACUAAAUCAUUUGUUUAAAAAUCGUAUGCAGGCUGUAAGAGAAUCGUUUGCGGAUUUAGAACGGCCAUAUUUGAUGUUCACAGUUGUCAAGGCAUAUCAAUAACGAAACAGCUGACCUAUGUCGGCCAUGUUUUUUUU